GGUUUAUAUCCACCACUGGAUAACACAAACAGAGUCGAAGACAGACAGAGCAAUCCUCUAACCAAAAACGCAAAGGCAAGAGCUCCAACUCUUCCUCCCAUGGCCUCCGCACCACACCUUGCCUUCUCUCCCCUUCUUUCUCUCUCUAAAACUCCCUCUCGAAGGCCCCCAAGCUUCCUCUCUUCUACCUGCAAGCGAAAUUCGCUCAAGAUUAGAGCUACGGCCCCGGAUUUGCUGGGGGAUUUUGGAGCUAGGGAUCCUUUUCCUGCAGAAUUGGAGAGCAAUUUCUGUGAAAAUGUUCUCGGGAAUGUUAGCACAGAGCACAAGAUUUUGAUUCCCAUUGCUUCUGCUUUGUCUCUGGCGCAACAGGAGUGCGUUCCCGUUUCUCAGCUUCAGCAGCCCAUGUCAGAGGACGAUGCCAAAAAGCUGUUGUUCAAGGUUGUUGGGUGGAAAAUUGUACAUGAAGAUGGGGGUUUAAAGCUACAAGGUCUGUGGAAAGUAAGGGACACGAAAUGUGGGGAAGAACUCAUCAACAGGAUUACCAAAGCUGUUGAAUCAACUGGACACCUUCCAACUCUUCACUUGGAUGCUCCCAACCAAGUUAGAGCUGAAUUAUGGACUUCUUCAAUUGGAGGGUUGAGCAUAAAUGAUUUCAUUGUUGCGGCUAAAAUAGAUGAGGUUAAAAUAUCAGAUCUUCAGCCUAGACUGAGAGCAUGGGCGUAAAAUCUUGUAAUAUGUAAGCUAAUUUCGGUCUCGUUCAUCUGGUUUCUCUAUAAUGGCCUUAGCUUGGUUUGUUCUGUUGGGCCCUUUUGGGAAUUCAUCUCCUCUAAAGACACAUAAAUUUUGGAGCAUUUAUCACAUAGAAAAUAUAGGAUCAAGUGUACCAUUCCCGUCUGAUCUUUCCCUCCAUUUUACUGUACUUUCUAAUAGAUGAUCAUGACAUACUACUGAUGUCUCUGUACUUUUUGUCAUUUGAGUUUGAUCUUUUAGUGGGUGUUAAAAUGCUGUAUGUAAACGAGGAUGUGUCUGAUUUUAUACAUCUUAAGCAUUGAUAUUGCCAUCUUUA